AUGUGUAGUGUUCACCAUCUUGAUUCCUCGCCAUUGCCAUCUCAAGAACACUCUGUUACAGUUGAUAGAAAUUUGAAUGAACAACCACUUACUCAUGGGGAACCAGCGCCAAAAACGCCUUUUCAGAAUGAAGUUCAUCACGAAGAACUAAAGGCUAAUGCGAGCGAGAAAGUAGUAAGCGCACCUAACCACUUUCUCUCUUUAACUCCCACACCGGCUCCCGAAAAGCCUGGACGAAACCCAACACCAAAUUUCACAGAUAAUACAAGAAAGUGUUCUAAACCAUCGAUCAUUAUUUUUGGUGCUAUCAUUGCUGUUUUUGUCGCGGCAACAAUGGCAAUCAGCAUUUAUUUACUUGUUCGCCAGAUAACCGCUGCGUCAACAACAACAACAACGGGUCAAUGCAAUUUAACGUUUGGUGCCCCAACGACCUAUUCAACCAGUAAUACUCCACGUUCGAUAGUAGCAGCCGAUGUCAACGCAGACGGCAGUGUGGACAUUAUUGUCGCAAAUAAUGGUGGAAACAACGUCGGCGUUUUCAUCAACAGCGGCACUGGUGCGUUUUCUAUUCAAAUGACCUAUUCAACUGGAGCCAGCUCUAAUCCGAAUUCUGUGACAACAGCCGACAUCAAUGCGGACGGCGAAAUCGACAUUAUUGUUGCAAAUAAUAACGCAAACAAUGUCGGUGUUCUCAUCAACAACGGUAAUGGUAUAUUUGCUGCUCAAGUGACCUAUUCAUCCGGGAAUGGACCGAACUGUGUAGUAGUAGUCGAUGUAAAUGGAGAUGGUAAAGUCGACAUUAUUGUUGCAAAUUAUAACGCAAACAAUGUCGGUGUUCUCAUCAACGCAGGCAAUGGUACAUUUAUUGCUCAAGUAACCUAUUCGACUGGAGGUGGCUCUAAUCCGGCUUUUUUGGCAGCAGCCGAUGUCAAUGGAGACGGUAAAAUUGAUAUUACUGUUGCAAAUUAUGGCGCAAGCAAUGUCGGUGUUCUCAUCAACAACGGUAAUGGUACAUUUGCUGCUCAGGUGACCUAUUCAACAGGAGGUAGUUCUAAUCCGAAUUGUGUAGUAGCAGCCGACGUCAAUAAGGACGGCAAAGUCGACAUUAUUGUCGCAAAUAAUGGUUUAAAUAAUGUCGGUGUUCUCCUCAAUGUAGGCGGCAUCGCAUUUACUCCUCAAGCAACCUAUUCAACUGGAUCUGCCUCUGGACCGAAUUCUAUCGUAGUAAUUGAUCUGAAUGGAGAUGGCAAAGUCGACAUUGCCGCCUCAAAUAAUGCUGCCGGUAGCUUUAGUGUUUUCGUGGGCACAGGCAGUGGCACAUUUCUUGCUUCAACAACCUAUUCGAUUGGAUCUUCGAUAAGUUACGUGGCUGCAACCGACGUCAACGGUGAUGGUAAAAUCGAUAUUAUUGCCGCACUCUCAAAUGGAAACAGCAUCGCUGUUCUCUUAAAUUCCUGCAAUUCAUAG